AUGCAUCAGAUCCAAACAACAGAUGUUCUUUCCAAGAGGAAAAAGCAGAGAGGGAUGCAACUUGCAGCCCCCUCAAACAGCUACAAAAUACAGUUUAAUGACAUUGUCAUUUUUAUUGUGGAGAAGAAAAUGGGAGUGACCAGGAGAAUAUUCUUAAUGGACCUAGCAAGAAGAAAAGGCUUCAGGGUAGAAAACGAGCUAAGUGAUUCUGUCACCCACAUUGUGGCAGAGAAUAAUUCUUGUGCCGAAAUUUUGCAAUGGCUGCAAAUCCACAGGAUGGGGGACCAUUCAGGAUACAGACUCCUUGACGUCUCAUGGUUGACCGCCUGCAUGGAGGCUGGAAAGCCGGUGGAUUCAGAUAAAUAUCAACUCCUUGUAAGUUGAAUAUGCCCUAUGACUAGAGACAUUUCUUCUGCAUCCAUGCAUCCACUCGACACUUCAUUUCUUGGCACAGUCUCCCAGUAUGCAUGCCAGAGAAGGACAUCUUUAAAUAAUUACAACAAAAAAUUCACGGAUGCCUUUGAAAUACUGGCUGAAAACUAUGAGUUCAGAGAAAAUGAAGGUCCUUGCCUUGCGUUUAGGAGAGCUGCAUCAGUGCUAAAGUUCCUUCCAGUUACUAUAAUGAAAACAAAGGAUAUUGAAGGAUUGCCCUGGAUGGGAGAACAAGUCAAAGCCAUCAUUGAGGACAUUCUAGAAGAAGGAGAAAGUCCUAGAGUGGAAACUGUGCUAAACUGUGACUACUACAGAUCACUCAAGCAAUUUAUGUCUGUUUUUGGAGUGGGACUGAAGACUUCUCAAAAGUGGUACAGGAUGGGUUUGCGGACUCUAGAAGAUGUGAAAAAGGACAAGAGCUUGAAACUGACAAGAAUGCAGACAGCAGGAUUGCUACACUAUGAAGACCUCAACAACUAUGUAUCUAAGGCAGAAGCAGAUUCCAUUGCCUUGAUUGUGAAGGAUACAGUGUGGAGAUUUUCCCCCAGUGCUUUAGUGACUUUGACUGGUGGUUUCAGAAGGGGAAAGAAGAUGGGACAUGAUGUAGACUUUUUGAUUACCAUUCCGGAAGCAAGGCAGGAAGACAAACUGUUACACCAAGUGAUUGACGUUUGGAAAAAGCAGGGAUUGCUCUUCUACUGUGACACUAUUGAAUCUACUUUUGAAAAGGCAAAGCUGCCAAGCAGAAAAGUUGAUGCUUUAGAUCACUUUCAAAAAUGCUUUGCAAUUUUUAAGUUAUACAAGGAAAGAGGAGAUCACAGCAGUUCCACUGUUUCAUAUGAUCCAGCUGAGGAAGUGAAAGACUGGAAAGCAAUCCGAGUGGAUCUGGUUAUCAGCCCCUUUGAACAGUAUGCAUUUGCUCUGUUAGGGUGGAGUGGAUCAAGGCAAUUUGAACGUGACUUGCGGAGGUAUGCCACCCAUGAAAGAAAAAUGAUGCUGGAUAAUCAUGCUUUAUAUGAUAAAACAAAGAGAAUAUUUCUGAAUGCUGUGAAUGAGGAAGAAAUUUUUGCACACCUUGGCUUGGAUUACAUUGAACCGUGGGAAAGAAAUGCAUAGAGAGACUUGCUAAAAUAUUUUAUGGACACCCAGCCUUUAAAAAAUCUCAUAUAUUUAGACUUCUCAGGCAAAGGUGUCUCUAUUA